AUGGAGGACGUGCCGAUGCGCGGCGCGGCAAAGUCCGAGAAAACAGGCGCCACAGCACGUCCCGCCUUGGGCAACCUGACGAACGACAAGGUGAGUCAACUCACUGCCGAUUGCAACGGCAGCCUAAACAACUUGAAAAAAGCAAACCCUGUUGUUGUUUUCUUCGCCCUCGGUCCCCUCCUCUCCUGGCGCCUCUGCUCACAGCGCGUGCUGAUAUCCAACCCCCCGACGCUCCCUGAACUAUCACGUGUGAAGGUUCUGAUGAAUUCCAGUACGUCACAGCUCUCGAAGCAAGCUUCGGCCGGCGCCAAAGUCGAUCCCGCGACUGAGGUCAAACUCGCGAAGAAGGGUGCGCCCGACGGAGCAGCGAAUCUGAUGCCGCCUCCAACGACGGCGCUAAGGCCGUCCGCGGGACGUCGUUCCAUGGGUGACGCCCUGUCUGCUUCUAGUGCGACCCCUGUUCAACCCGAAUACGCAUCGAGACGCCCUAUCACGACGCCUCUCACUGCCCUUGUUGGAGCGACCACGGUGACGCCCGGAACCAAUUUCAAGCCCUCCUCGCUCUCAUCCGCUGGAGGUGUUGUGCAAACUCCCGCGGCACACACAAGGGGUUUCGACGCUGUUGAACGCUCGAUGAACGGUACUCCGUCCAUCGUCAGCAUCCUCGACCCUUCUAAACAUAACAUUGUGUCUCAGAGCGAUGCCGGGAUAUCCGAUGAGCCAUUCAAUGAGCUCCUCACCGCGUCUCCCGGCACCGCUCUCGCUGCUGACAUCCUGGCCACUGCCAUCAGAGAGGCGCCAACGGAGGCGAGCCCGGGGACUGAGGACUUGGACGCGCACGGGGUGUCUGCGGGUCAUGUGAAGGGCGAUGAAGGCAAUAAGGGCGAGUUAUAUUCUCGGUUCAGCGCGGCUGCCACUCCUGUGUCCGCUAAAUCGAAGGGAAGUGCCGCCAGCGCCAAGAAGACCUCCACACCAACAGCAGGAACAAAACGCAAGGGAAAGCAACUCGGUUCCGAGGAUGAAGAAAAAAUCAGGUCGACGGUUGGACCGGGAGUUGCCAGCUAUGGGUGCGCCUCAGGACUCAAUCUCGACACUAAGGGAGUCGGGGCGCUCUAUUCCAUCCUGAUUCCCCCCGCGAAGAAGCGGAAGGCUCGCCGUUGGCUCACAGAUGAUCAGAAGAUGUUUGUUUGUGGAAUCGGGGGCUGCGCGCGGUCGUAUGGCAGCGCGUCAUCCCUCUGUGCACACAAGCGGGCGCACCACCCAGGCUGGAAGGAGGACCGAAAGAGGCAACUCGAGGCGCAGGUUCAAACCGAUGCGAUAAUCGAUGGCGAUAAUCGAAACGCUGUCGGAGAAGACGAAGGCGCCGAGCAGGCCGAAGGGGAAGACAAAGAGGAGGAAGACGACGAGGAUGAAGAGGGAGGUGACGUCGCUGGUCGUGCAGCUCGCCGGGAGGGCGCCGCGGCCCUUGAUGCCGUCGCACGCUGUACCCUAUCCGGCGCGUGGGUGGAGUCACUUGCAGCCGACACGCAUGGACGGCUCGGUGCGCUUAGGCGUAGCCGUCAGCGCGUUCAGCGCGGUCUCCGAGACGCUCGUGCUGCGUCAGCCAAGGCACCGCCUCCAGAUACGGGCGGAGACGUGCUCGGCGGCAGUGCGAAGAUAGCUGCUUCCGCCGCGGAGUCAAUCGCCUCCGCCGCCGCGGCCAGACUUCUUCAGCAAAUGGAGGCUGCGCUCGAGGCCGAAAGCGAAAGGCUGCAGGGUUGGCUCGGUAAACUUGAGAGCAUCGCUGAGCUGCGGAUGAAGACUGGGAAAGUUAUUGGCUUCAGUCAUGAGGAACGCAAAGUUCUGAACAGUGGAGAGCUCGAGGCGAUGAUGGUUGCCGAACAGACAGCGAACGCCAUCUCAUCUGCCGCUUGCUUGACGGACUAG